AUGUCCACCACGGCGAUGGCCAACGCACUUGUCGCGCACUCAGAUUACUAUCGUAAGGGCUAUCUGCGUAAGAACGUGUCAGAAGCCACCGUCAUGAUAUUCGACGGGAAGGACGAGGACGGGAACGACUUCUCGAAGGGUGUUCUGCUCGAACUGGAUGCCUGCGCCUACUUCAAACCUUAUGUUCCCGCGAAGAAGUCGCGCAAAGGGAAGGAGAAGGAGACUUCAGAUGCCCCCGCAUAA